AUGAAGAUAGGGAAUUUUUUAACAGCGUCUAUCUUUUUCAUUGUUUUCAACUCGCAUUUUGAUAAGUUAUUGAAUAAUUCUUCAUAUAACUUAAAAAUUAUUACUAAUAAAAUAAUUUAUAAAAGAGUUUUGACAAAUAAUAAUGAUAAUAAUGCGUUUACUAAGGAAACUGGUCAAUCCAGUUCUACCAAAGGCACAAGUGGUGAUAGUAAUAAACAAAAUAUAGACGAUUCCCCUCAGAAGGGCUUAAGUGAAGAUGGUAAAUCGGUAAGCGCAGGGAGCCCAAUCACGUCCAAAUAUUCUGAACAGUCAGGAGAUAACAUUAAUUUGGCUAACACCCCGAAUUCGGAAGAUUCCGGAAACGCAGGAACAUUUUCAGGUAAUUCAAACAGCAGUGGAAUUGUUGAGGGAUCGGAUGAUAAUGAUGGUGAUGAAGAUGAGGAUGAAGAUGAAGAUGAAGAUGAAGAUGAAGAUAAAAAUUUAUGUUUACAUAACAAUGGUGGAUGUGGUGAGGACAAGCUAUGUGAAUACUUAGGAAGAAAAAUAGUAAAAUGUUUUUGUAAAGAGGGAUAUAAAUUAGUAGGUACUGAUUGUGUAAAAUCAUCAGAGUCUUCUUCCUUAAGUUCCAUUUUUUGUUCAUUCUUAACGUUUAUAAUUAUUAUUAUUUUAGCUUCAAUAAAUUAA